ACAGAAAUUACAGGUGUCACAGAUAUACCUGGGCAUCACAGGACAUCAGAAACAGUCCACCCGCGAGUCAUACCUGAAGAUUUAACAUAAAAUACAAGAUAUUCUGGGUAAAGAACUAUCUUUUGCCUUAAGGACAAGAUCUACAGGAAUGGAUAAAGGACUGAUCCUCAGUGUUCUGUUAGUGGUGCUAUCCUGGGAAUUUAUGGCCACCUAUACUCAGACUCCUUCAGCCGCACCCAACAAUGUGACAAGUUCUAACAACCUGAUGUGGACAAAUAACGCAAGCACAGUGGCGCCAGCAAACGAUACAAGCACAGUGGCGCCAGCUAAUAUUACAAGCACGGUGGCGCCAGCCAACAAUGCAAGCACAGUGGCGCCAACAAACGAUACAAGCACGGUGGCGCCAGCUAAUAUUACAAGCACGGUGGCGCCAGCUAAUAUUACAAGCACGGUGGCGCCAGCUAACAAUGUAAGCACGAUGACGCCAGCUAACAACGCAAGCACAGUUGUGCCAGCAAACAAUGCAACCACGAUGGCGCCAGCAAACAACGCAAGCACGGUGGGUGCUGAUAACAAUGUGACAGCAUCAGCCAAUAACAGCACUACCGUGGCACAAGCUAAUGUAACUACAGCAACAUCAGGCAACGUCCCUGCAAUUGCGGCAAAUAUUUCUCGGCAAGGAUGUCGUUCCACAAAGCUCUGUGCAGCCGAACCCACGGAGUGCAAUCCUGCUGCUGGAGACAAUUGCUAUUUUCUUUCUGUCAAGCAAAAAAUCAACCAAACAUUCGACUUUGAGCUCUCAGGGCAGGCAGCAGGCUACAUUGCUGCUGGUCUCUCAACUGCUGCAAAUCAGGCUGGCAAUCACAGAGCCUACAUCUGUGCGAACAACAACGGUGGUGUCAAAUUCUUCACUGCCACCCUCGAUAAUUUUGUGCUAAAUUUCACAGAGUCGUUGGACUCAAGCAAUCAGCGGGGCACAGUCAACGGAGGCAAAAUCCAUUGUACAUUUACAGCUGUACUACCAGACACAACGACCCGAGCAGCAGGUUACGCCUUGUCAAUUUCAACCGGGACUUUCAAUGCCACUACUGGGAAGCUGGGAAGACCAGACUUCAGACUACUGACAGCUCUCGUGAACCUCUCGGACCCUACUGUCAACAUCACGAAUUUGUUGAACAGCAACACCACUUCCUCUGCUUUUCUGAUCACACCCACACAUGGUUCAUUCUUGCCAGCUCUGCUGGUCACCGUGUGCAUGCUGGCUUUCACAGCAAUGUGAAGCAACUGACCUUCACCAUGCUUGAAUAAAGGCAUAACUUCCUUAUUGAUGUCCAUCGCUUCCUAAAUACAGAUCACUAAUGUCUAACAUGGAGUUUAACAUGCACAGUUCUUCUUGCUUUGGUAGGAUUCAUUUCAUGCAAACUCACCAUUAUCUAAAGUAAAAAGGUAAAAACUGUUCACAUCUCUGUACCACAGCUUAUUGACAAAUUUGAAACUAUUUGUGAUUCUGAAACUAAAAGAGGAAUGAUGUCAAAUUCUUCAAUGUAGUUGGUUUUAAAUUAUUCACCAAAAAAGCUACCAGAAUAUUGCCCCGUGGUAUAAAUUGAACAUAAAAUGUUUUUGAUUGGAGUACAAAUAAUAAAGGAACUUUUUCAAGAGUUCAAAAGCAAGUUGAAAUGAUUCUCAUCAGCAUAUGUCAGUGUAUGUUACAGCAUUCAGGUUUCAAGGUCUGUGUACCUUUAACACCUGUUUUACUGAUGAAUGUUAAAAUCUUCUAUUCUUAUUUCUGUUUCUUUUUCAAUCUUAAUUUAUUCUUUGUUGUAAUGAUAGGUACUGCUAAAUAAUUAACACUAAGUUAUGAAGCCUUUAUUGGCUGAUGUGUCUGCACGUGCAAGAGGGAUGAAAGGAUGCUAGAAAUGGUAGCAAAUGUUAGUGAAAGUAAUUUAAAUAUUUGCACAAAUUAAUACAUAUUCUAGUUUAUUUUUUAUAAUAAGCUAAUAAUCUGUCAAUUUAUUUGUACAAUUGUUAAAUAAAGAUGUUUCUGAAGGA